AAAAAAUAUAUAUUAAAAUGACUGAUAUUAUCAGGAAAGGAGCUCUGUUCCUAAUGAGCGAGAAGUGUUACGAUAACUACUUCCUGGAGCACGACUUCUUGGACAUUCCAUGUUUCAAGGCUUUGCUGAGCAAGGGACUUGGACUGGCUAUCAUUGCCGGGUCGGUGCUCGUGAAGGUCCCCCAGGUUCUGAAAAUCCUCAAUAACAAGUCCGGCGAAGGCAUCAACAUAGUGGGCGUUAUGCUGGAUCUGCUGGCUAUCUCGUUUCACAUGUCCUACAGCUUUAUGAAUGGUUACCCCUUCAGCGCCUGGGGCGAUAAUACCUUCCUGGCGAUUCAAACAGUGACGAUUGCGGUCUUGGUCUUGUAUUUCAGCGGUCGCAAGGCUCAGUCAGUGAUAUUCCUCCUGGCAUAUGCAGUACUUCUGUACGUGCUCAACUCUGGCUUGACACCAAUGAAAGCAUUGAUCACCAUCCAGAGCUGCAACAUUCCCAUUCUGUUGGUGGGCAAGCUGUCGCAGGCGUACACUAACUUCAAGGCUGGAUCUACCGGCCAAUUGUCAGCCGCCACAUGCAUCAUGAUGUUUGCCGGAUCGGUUGCUCGAAUCUUCACCUCCAUUCAGGAGACUGGCGAUCAAAUGAUGAUUAUCACCUUCUGCGCCUCCACAUUCGCCAAUGGAGUUAUUGUGACACAGCUUAUUUACUAUUGGAACAAACCGUCUAGCGCACAGGCCGCCAAGGCGAAGGCCAAGAAGCCCAAGAGCAAGAAGGUUGAUUAAGAGAUAUGGAUUAAAGUAGUACCUCGAAGCUCUUGAGUUGUAACAUUUUCUCGACAUUGUAGAACAAAUAUUCAAAUAUUAAAUAAAAUCAUUCUUAGUUUAUAAAAA